CCACCAUGAGCUGGGGCACGGAGCUGUGGGAUCAGUUCGACAGCUUAGAUAAGCAUACACAAUGGGGAAUUGAUUUCUUGGAAAGAUAUGCCAAAUUUGUUAAAGAGAGGAUAGAGAUUGAACAGAACUAUGCGAAACAAUUAAGAAAUCUGGUUAAGAAGUACUGUCCCAAACGUUCCUCCAAAGAUGAAGAGCCAAGGUUUACCUCGUGUAUAGCCUUUUUUAACAUCCUUAAUGAGUUAAAUGACUAUGCAGGACAGCGAGAAGUAGUGGCAGAAGAAAUGGCUCACAGAGUCUAUGGUGAAUUAAUGAGAUAUGCUCAUGAUCUGAAGACGGAAAGAAAAAUGCAUCUUCAAGAGGGACGUAAAGCUCAACAGUAUCUUGACAUGUGCUGGAAACAAAUGGAUAAUAGUAAGAAGAAAUUUGAAAGAGAAUGUAGAGAGGCAGAAAAAGCACAACAAAGUUAUGAAAGAUUGGAUAAUGAUACGAAUGCAACCAAGGCAGAUGUUGAAAAGGCUAAAAUGCAGUUGAAUCUUCGUACACAUAUGGCUGAUGAAAAUAAAAAUGAAUAUGCUGCACAAUUACAAAACUUCAAUGGAGAACAACACAAACAUUUCUACAUAGUGAUUCCUCAGAUUUACAAGCAACUACAAGAAAUGGAUGAGCGAAGGACUAUUAAACUCAGUGAGUGUUAUCGAGGAUUUGCAGACUCAGAACGCAAAGUUAUUCCUAUCAUUUCAAAAUGUUUAGAAGGAAUGAUUCUUGCAGCAAAAUCAGUUGAUGAAAGACGGGACUCACAGAUGGUAGUAGACUCCUUCAAGUCUGGAUUUGAACCUCCAGGAGACUUUCCAUUUGAAGAUUACAGUCAGCACAUUUAUAGAACUAUUUCUGAUGGAACUAUCAGUGCAUCUAAACAGGAAAGUGGGAAGAUGGACACCAAAACUACAGUAGGAAAAGCCAAGGGCAAGUUGUGGCUCUUUGGAAAGAAGCCUAAGCCACAGUCCCCACCCUUAACCCCUACUAGUUUAUUCACAUCCAGUACUCCUAAUGGGUCCCAGUUUCUCACAUUCUCCAUUGAGCCCGUGCAUUAUUGUAUGAAUGAAAUAAAAACAGGGAAGCCCAGAAUUCCUUCUUUCAGAAGCCUCAAAAGAGGGUGGUCGAUGAAGAUGGGCCCAGCACUAGAAGAUUUCAGUCAUCUUCCACCAGAACAGAGACGUAAAAAAUUACAACAGCGUAUUGAUGAACUUAACAGAGAACUGCAAAAAGAAUCAGACCAAAAAGAAGCCCUCAACAAAAUGAGAGAUGUUUAUGAAAAAAACCCACAAAUGGGGGAUCCAGGGAGUUUGCAGCCUAAAUUAGCAGAGACCAUGAAUAAUAUUGACCGCCUUCGAAUGGAAAUCCACAAAAAUGAGGCUUGGCUCUCUGAAGUUGAAGGCAAAACAGGUGGGAGAGGAGACAGAAGACAUAGCAGUGACAUAAAUCAUCUUGUAACACAAGGACGUGAAAGUCCUGAGGGAAGUUACACUGAUGAUGCAAACCAAGAAGUCCGUGGGCCACCUCAGCAGCAUAGUCAUCAUAAUGAGUUUGAUGAUGAAUUUGAGGAUGACGAUCCCUUGCCUGCUAUUGGGCACUGCAAAGCUAUCUAUCCUUUUGAUGGGCAUAAUGAAGGUACUUUGGCAAUGAGAGAAAGUGAAGUCCUAUACAUUAUUGAAGAAGACAAAGGUGAUGGAUGGACAAGAGCUCGGAGACAGAAUGGUGAAGAAGGCUACGUUCCCACAUCAUACAUAGAUGUAACUCUAGAGAAAAAUAGUAAAGGUUCCUGAAGAGGGUUUCUGAGGAAAUGGGCAAGAUGUUGAAGGAGGUUACAUACAGCUGCUUGUUAGGGGGAGGGUAUUGUAGUUGUCAGGCUCAGAGAGUGAGAGAAGCAAGUUGCAUGAGUGCAUGCAGACAUUAUUAUAUUUUACUAACUUCAUUAGCAUUUCCAUACAUCAUUUAAAAAAGUCAUUGUAAUACCAGUCCUUAAAUGCCUUGUUUACAGUUAUUUACAUGAAGGAGAAAGUGCCAACAAUGGCCAAAGUACUUUCCAUCUGUUUUAUUGAUGUCCAAAUCAAAAAGAAUGCAGUGUCAUUAAAUUUGUCUUACAUUUGGCUGUUCCAACAGGACUGUAUCCAUCCCAGCUCUCUUUUAAUUGAUUUUUAGAUCUGUUGUAUGUUAGACUCCUUGCCAUUUGUCAUUGUCUGCCUGUGCCACUCUGUGCUUGCUUGCUUAAUAACAUCCUGUUGCAUGUCUAGAAUGAUUGGGCUAGAUUUCCCAGGCAUGUCUUGAUAAUCCAUCGUUCUUGUCAAAGCCUUUGUUUUUACAUGUGUAGUAUAGCUCACUUUGUCAAACAUCUCUAGCACUAAUGUUUCCAUCCUAGUAUUUGUAUAUGCUGCUAUAACUUCCCCACUACAAAACAUUCCAGUUUUGGCAUAAUGAAGAAGUAGUUUGUGAAUCGGAAGUUUUAUGAUCAGAAAAAGAAAACAUCUCUGCUCUAGCCUACAGCCCAGCUGAAAGAACUCUUUGAAACAUGAUACAUCUUCAACACCUCAGUCUGGGAAGAACUUAUAGUCAGCACUGAAAUCCUGUCAUAAUAAAUACAGAAGAAACUCACCACCUCAAGACAAAGGACUGUUGUGAGAAGUCAGCUGCUUCCAUUCAAAUGCUGCCUUAAACUAGAGUGCCUAAAUCUGUUGAUUGCCAACACUACCACUACAGUAUCCUACAAAGGGCUUUAUCUGUCAGCUCAGUGCGACCUCCUUUAACUCAGCAGCACCACUAUAGCUGCCAUUGUAGCCUCGGUAGGUGGCUUUUAGAGCUCCACCAUGUUUGAUGGUGCAUUAUCCAAUUUAUUCAUCAAACUAAAGACAUGUUUGAGUCUGUUUUACUCUGCUCAGUGUUUCUGUUUUGUUUUGGGAGGCUAUAGAUCUCCUUUGCAUUGUUUCCUAAUUUGGGGGGUCACCACUUUUCAUUUGAUUGUUCUAGUGAUAGUCUCUUUUCAAGUGAUGCUUUUGUUUGAACCAGAUAAAAUUUAGUGAAACUUUGUAAUGAUCUCUGUGCACUUUUACUUGUAAAAUGAAAUUUUCUGUAUGUUUAUACUUGUAAAUAUUGUCAUUAGUACUCAUAUUUCUCAUUUGUCCUGCCUCACAUUUGUGCUUCUUUUAAUUACUUGUAUUUUAACUAAUUUCUUAGUGGUGUUUAAUAGGGAGGUGGGUGGGGGGUGGUUAUUUGUACUAUGGAAGCUUCAUUUAUUUGCUUCUUUUCUGUCUUAAAGAAGAAAAAGAAUGUGAAAUGGUCUGUGUAUUAUUGAAUUUUAAGCAAUAUUUUAGAAGCUGUGUGGCUGCUUUAAUAAUUUUUCCCAGUGUUAUUGCAUUGUACUACCAGUUAUACUAAAGCUGAAUGACAAUUAUGUGAAAGUUUAUUCCUUCAUAAGAUCAGUGUGCCCCUGUUACACAGCUGACAUGUAGUGUAUAAUUACCUUUGAGAUAGUAAACUAUAAAGUUUAGAUUUUGAAUCUCGUUACAGGGUUAUUUAUAUAAUGUGACAUUCAGUACUGCCAGACUACAUAAAGUAGUUAUAAAUCUAGUGCUAUUUUCAUUUUAAAAGUUAGCAGUAAGGAGAAAAUGUCAUUUGGCUGUGUUUUGUCUUCUGUACAAAGCCUAAAGUGCUUGUGUUUUUUUGGCUAACAGCCACAGAGGGCAAAGUUUAAGGCUUUCUUGUAAGGACUAACUGUUCUUUUCAAGCUACUGUUUGUUUUUCUAAAAGCAGGAUUUGCUUCCGUAGGAGGCAGUUUCCUUUGUGUGGACUAGUGCAACCUGUAUAUGGAUUAUAAUAGGCAGAUCAUUUGUACUUGCACAGUUUAAAUCAUUCUUAAAUCAUUCUUAAAUUUUGAACAUGUGAAUUGUCAAAAAGAAAUCUUUAAUUUUUCAGUAAUUUUUACUCUUUUUGUGCACAUGUUGAUCUCUUAAUGGUAAAUGCUUUGUUUAAGAUAGUGUUCUCUGUUGAGAAUAUUUUCAUGGAAUAAAACAAUCUUUUCAUGGUCA